UUUGUCUUAAUUAUCUAUCUGCAAAUUGUCCUCCAGACUGACUCGCCCUGCACUGUAGUAGGGCACUGUGCAGAUGUGAGUUGGAGUUGAAAGAAGCAGCGGGGUCUUGACGUCAGGACAGGACGCCCCCUUACUGAGGCGGGCCGCAGCGAGUUGGAUCCCCACUCCAUACGCACAGCACAAGGCGGACGAAUAACUGUCCACUUGUUGCGCCCCUAUAUUGAUUAAGACCGCAUGAGCCGUCACGAGCAAAGGGAGAUCAAACAUUGAGACGCACAUGGCUCGAUGACAUGAUGUUCCUGCCCUUCUCCCCUCUCCCCUCCUUGGCCCUCCCUUUUCUCCUACUUCUCCUCAUUUUCCUCCCUCCUUCCCUCCUUUCCCCUUCCCUCUCUCACUCCCCUCUGAGCUGGACCUCACCCCAUGACCCCUGCUACCACUUGGAUGGGCGUCCGCGACACUGCCUGUCGGAAUUCAUCAAUGCCGCUCACGGUGUCCCUGUCAGUACCACCCACUCCCUCCGAGGACCCCCCGACCAGAAAGCUGUUAACGUCAGCUCCCUCACGGACCUCCACAACCCCCACAACUUGACCUGCUGGACGGCCCAGCCCGGAGGCCUCGACGGCGGGGACUGGGUCCUCACCCUUCCCCUGGGCCGACGCUUCGAGGUCACCUACAUCAGCCUGCAGUUUUGCCAGCAGGGGGAGCCGUCAGACCCCGUCUCCUUAUCCGUGCUCAAGUCCAUGGACCACGGGCGCACCUGGAGGCCCAUGCAGCACUACUCCAGCGACUGCCCCGGAAAGUUUGGGCUCCAGGCCCAUACGGUGGCCCAGACCAGGCACCAGGAGACGGAGCCUCUGUGCUCAGACCCCCGGCCCCUGCAGAGGCACCGGGGAGGCAUGUUGCUGGCCUUCUCCACCCUAGAUGGAAGACCCUCCUCUCCUGACUUUGAUUACAGCCCCACCCUGCAGGACUGGGUGACGGCCACGGACAUACGGUUAGUGUUCCACGAGGUGACCCAGUCCCAGCAGACCAAGGUGGGGAGUUCGGAGGGGAAAAGGGGGGAAGGAGCGGGUGGGGGUGUUCUGAGGUGGAGGGCAGGGUCAAAGUACGAGGCUGUGGUGGGACAGGUGAAUAAGGUGAAUGGGGACACCAAUAAAUGGGGGUUUGUGGAGAAGGAGAAAAAAAAGACAGAAAAACGAAGGAGGAACGGAGGAAGAUACAACAAAGGGUCGGGGGAUCGGGGAGAGGACGGACACAACGUGACCCGGAAGGAGUCAGAAGGAGACACUAAGGAAAUAGACAUCUCCAAAAGAGGAAACGGAAACGGAAAAGGGCAUGGCCGCGAGAGGGAGAGGGGCCACCAUUGGAGUCCGUGUCAGGAAGGCAGCAUCUGUGGUUGGACAAUCGACAGCAAGCAGGGGAGAAUCAACAAGGGGCGGGAACUUCGGAGGAGGAGGAACAACCAGCAGAAAGUGAGAGCGAAUCGGAAUCUUGAGCUGGCUCCUCCCUCUCCAUUGAUCUCCACCCCCCCUGUCCGGCCCGCCCUGGCCCUCUCCGACCUGCAGGUGGGGGGCAGGUGUAAGUGUAACGGACAUGCCUCUCGGUGUCGUCGUGAUGAUGCGGGCCGGGCGGUGUGUGUGUGUGAGCACCACACAGCAGGUACGGACUGCGAUGUUUGUGAGGACUUCUACUACGACAGGCCCUGGCAACGAGCCACACCCAGUCAGCCACAACCGUGCGUCUCGUGUGAGUGUAACAGCCACUCCUCUAAGUGUCGGUUCAGCAUGGAGGUGUUCCAGCAGUCGGGCCGGCGCAGCGGGGGAGUAUGUCUGAAGUGUCGGCAUCACACAGCGGGGCGCCACUGCCAGUACUGCCAGAACGGAUACACCCGAGACCACAGCAAGCCCCCCACCCAUCGCAAGACCUGCCAACCGUGUCAGUGUCACCCUAUGGGUGCUGUGGGGCUCUGGUGUAACCAGACAUCGGGACAGUGUCUGUGUCGGGAUGGCGUGAUGGGACUGAGAUGCAACCGCUGCGCCCCUGGUUACAAACAGGGGCACUCCCCACUCCGCCCCUGCGUCCGAAUCCAGGAGGUAGCCCCCACAACACCUGUAUACCAGCCCCAGUACAGUAUAGGUGAGUGGAGUCACAAACCGAUGUGGCACAAUAAAUUGAACUGCAACAUCGGACCACAAUUUGGUCCCCAAAACGAGGUCCUGGAGCGCCUCAAGCACUGACACACCUGACUGAACUCAUUUAAGUCCUAAUGAGCAAUUAGAUCAGGUUUUAAGUGCUGGGCUGGAUUAAAACAGAAGCCUAUGUGCACCCUGUAACUCUUCUGGACUACGGUUGGUGACUGAUCACUUCACUAUUUGAUACAUACCUUGUUUGA